CGAAAGCGGUUGCUGUGCGGUUCCGAUCGCGGAUUGUUUUCGUUUUGCCUUUAAAAAAUAUUACACUAUAUAAUCGUGCGUAAAAAUAUGAAGCGAAAUAUGGAUUUACAGAAUUUAUUAACUAAAUUUAGUUAAUCAUCGAGAAGAGUGACGAAACUGUGAGUGCGUGACGAUCGUAUCUUUUGGAUACGUUUUAUGAAUGAGCGCGGGUGUGAACGAAUUUAUUCGAGACAACGAAGACUGAGCAACGCGAUAAACAGAGGCACACUCACACGAAAGCGAUUAAAAACAACACUCUCCAUUUAACAAUAAAGAAAUCGUUUGUUUUUCGGAAAACAAAUAAGAGAAAAUCAGAAAAACAAGCGUGGAAAUUGCAGUUGCGAAUAAAACAAACGCAUCGUUUGUCAGGCUUGAAUUUCGCACGGUUUCUACACUUCCCCACCAAAAAAAAAAAAAUAAAUAUAAUAUAAACACUCCCUUACCCCUUUUCGAAAGCAAAGAAAAAAUAUAAAUAAAAACUGUAUACAGGAAAAAAUAUAAAGCUAAAUAGUGCAUAAAAAUCGGUUUUCUUUGCGGUUCGGUUCCGUUUUUAUAUAGUGUGCGUGCGUUUCUGUUUCCCCCUAUCUAUCUCUUUCCCUUUCUGCCUUUUCUUUCUCUUUCUCUCUUGAGCAAGCGAAUAGAAGAACGCGUGUGCUUUUGUUUUCGAUUACGUUUACUAUAUUUUUUGUACGCCCCAUAGAAAAACAUGACGAAAUGUUGUUGUUGAAAACGAAAAAUAAAUACAAGUGAUUACAAUAAAAAACGAAAUAACGAAGAGUAAAAGAGAAAUUAUACAUCUGAAAUAUACGAAGAGAAAAGUUUUGUGAAGAAAUAUACGAAAGCGAAAUUCUAUUUGGUGUUUAUGGAAUUUUCAGUGGUGUUGUGAAAGAAAAUACAAAAGUUACAGAUACUCUCUUCUCGGCCAGCAGCUGCAAACGCAUCUAAAAGUUUGGAGUCUCCGGGACAUUUUGCAUGAAAAUUGCAGCCAAAAAGGUAAAUUAUGCAAAUAUGUUGAACCGUUUUGCCUUUUGCGGUGCAGAUCGCGUGCUUAGAUACGUGCCCGGUGGUAAUCACCCUGCAUGGCUAUACGACAAUGUCCAAUGCUCGCGAGCUGGCAUUGAUCGAGAAAUGGGCUGACAUUGCUACGCCGGCGACGCCGAAUCGGCCGACAUUAUCGCCAACAUCGCCGCCAGCGCUCCAUCGAUCCAUCGUGAAGUUCUGCUGCUGCCCGCAGCGAAGGCGCUACAAUCUCAAGCAGGCCAAGAGCAACAACAGCAACAAGUCGACAGUGAACACGCUGCAUGCCAGAAAUAUAUUCGUCGAUAGCGAUUUCAGCUAUAUUGAUGAUGUGCCGCGGCGACGCCAAGAUUGCCACAACGAUUACGACGAUUGCAACUACGACUGUGGCGGCGAUAAAGCAGAUGAUGAGGCCAAUGAUAUCGCUGCUGGUCCAAGAGACGACGGAAAUGUGGCGCUGAUAUUAAUGAAUCAACGAAAUCUGGCCGAACAAUGGCGGCAGGACAACAAAGGCAACCAAGUAACAGCAGCAGCAGCAACUAAAACUUGCGCUGUCACAAAGAGCCCGCAAAGUGGCAAUGAGCAACAGCAACACCAGCAGCAGCAGCAGCAACGACAACCAACCCAAAGACUAAGCAAUAGCUUGCAACAGCAACAGCAACACCAACACCAACAAUUGCAACAGCAACAGCAACAUAGCAAUAAGGAAAAUACACUAAGCUACGACAACAACAACAAGCCGCACUGUAAUUAUUGUAAAUUACCCGACACCGCCGAGCCCCAAACGAAUAGCAAUAGCAACUCGAAAAUUGAUUCACCGAAGUCGUCGCAGAAUAAAAUGACAAUUACGACAGCAACAGAAACAGCAACGGCAACGGCGGCAACAGCAACAACAGCGACCAGCGAGUGUGGGCUGCCAGCAGCAACAACAGAAACAGCGACAGCAGCAACAGCAACAUCAGAAGAGUUUGUGGGUGCUGCCACAGAAGUGCUGUGCAGCGAUAAAGCAACAUUGACAGCGGCAACAGCAACAGCAACGGCAACACCAGCAACACCUAAGCCCCGCAUUGCAGCGCGUCCGACCACGCCCAGCCGCCUUAAGACUGUGAUCAAAACGACAAUGGUGAAGCGAAGUCCUAGCCAUGACUCAACGGCAACACAUAUGUUGCUGCCAAACAGCUGCAACGGCAGCAACAACAGCAACGGCAACAGCAGCAACAUUGGCACUCAUGACGAACCAAGACGUUCGGUUAGGGAGCGCAUCGCCGCCUUUGCGGCAGGAAAUGAGCAACAGCAGGCGACGCGGCAACAUGACAAAGUCAAGAAGUUGACUAAAAUGCAGUGCAAUAGCAAUACAAAUCAAAACAACAUGACAGGAGAAGAUGUGAAAAGUGCAAUUAGCAGCAGCAGCAACAACAGCCAACAGCAGCAACAUCAAACGCUUAUCAACGGCCAGGCAGCGACUGUGCCGGGAGCAACAGGCGGAGUUGCAUCUACGGCAGCAGCAGCAACAUCAGGCAGCACGUCAGCAAUCGCCGCUGACACGACGCGCUACAAAUCGGGAUUAAGUGAUGUGGCGGCCAACGGAGACGUUGAUGGUCUUGCUCUUGGUCGGCCAACUCCAUCUGCUGUUGCUGCUGCCGCCGCUCCGAGCGUUUUUAGCACCGGUUGUGCAACCAUGCCGCGAACUCGCCAAUACGGAAGCAAUGUUGCUGCUGCAGCGGCGACAGGAGCAACAGCAACGGCAGCAGGAGCAACGCCGGCCAGCAGCAGCAUGACAGCUGAUAAGAAAUUCUUGAGCCAGGCGGCGCCCGUUCAGGGGCAUCAUCAUCAUAAGCUGCAAUUUGCCGAUAAGGCCGAGUCCGAAUUGGCCGCACUGGACAACCUGGACCUGGCUCACAGCCUCGAUUUAUUGGACGUCGAUGGCGAGGAUCCGUACGGCGCUCUACAGGAAUAUUUGGAGCGUGUCAAGCGGGAAAUCAACGAGGUCUUCGAGCUCCGCAAGGUCCAGCGUUUGGAGCAGCAGCUCCGCGAGCAACUGGAGGAGCGGCUUUCGCAGUCAGGAGUCCAGCAGCUUGAUGAAUUGUCUCGUUCCACGGAAUCAGAUAGCGGCUUUGACAGCAGCAGCACCACAGCCACGUCGGGCACCCCAGCAGCAGCAGCAGCCGGAUCAGUGGCAGCUGGAGCAGCCAGAGCAGCCUCAUCGGGCCAACCAGUGACAACUAAACUAAGGGCCCUGCCUCCGCCGCCCCUUAGUCCCACCAAGGCCGCCAUGAAGUCCCCACCCACUCCACCUGUCCACUCGGACGAUGUUAACAUUUGGGCCUGCAAGUUCCUACGUGAUCUGGACAGCCUGAUGGCCGCCGGCGAUAAGCUGCCCCCGCAACUGGCGGCCCUGGCCGAAGGAUCCGGUUCCGGUUCGGCCAGCAGCUCGCCCACCUCCCGGACGGCGCCCAUCCUCCUGUCCGCGGCUGCCUCGGCGGCCAUCCAGAGUCGCUACGGCAAGGGCUCAUCCAUCACGGAACAGCAGCAGAACGGACUCGUCUUGAAACCAGAGAAACACGCCACCAUUCCAUUGCAAUCGUUUUACCUUGGCUGCGGACGCAACGAGGCAUCGCCGGCAACCAAAUCGAAUGUUGCCUACAUGCGCACCCUGUCGGCGCCGAAUGGAGGAUUCGGAGGAGGCGUCUCCGGAGGAUCCGGAGGAGCAGCCCUCCCCCCGCAGAGCCAGCGCAAGAGCCUGGCCUGCCCCCCACUCAAUGGCCAGGCGGACACAAUAGCUCCGACACCGGCCACUCAUAAGCUGACAAAUUUCCAAAGCGCAUUGAAAAUCGAGGAGCUGGCAGCGGCCAAGGCAGGUGAAUCGACGGCGACCACCGUUGAGGAUUUGAAAUCUAGGCGACAGCGACAAUUGAGCGGCGGCGACAUGGAGACAAUGCUAACGUCGGCCUCCCAGCCGAUGUCGAUGCCAAAACGGGUGGGCAUUAAUCAUGCGGCGCUGACGAGCAGAAAUGCCAUAACCCCGCCGCCGGCCUCAGCCUCAUCCGCAUCCCAAUCAGCCGUCUCGGCCAAAGGCUCCUCCACCUCUUCCUCCGGGGCCUCCGCCACACCCGGCUACCUGGUGGAUGUGACCAAAAAAGGAUCCACAUCGACCAUUUGGACCUCGGAGGAGUCCAUUCUGCGCAGCGUUGGCGCCGUCGAUGAAGACAAUAACUCCACUUCAUCUUCCUCGGCCUGUGAGGAGGCCACUGGUGUCCUGAGCUCCGGCAAGUCGGGCAUUUCACUGGACUCCUCGGGACUGGACAACGAUAACAACGAGAGUGGCAUUGGCACGGCCACGCCGCCCAAGGAUAUGUCUCACUACUGGAAGAGUCACCAUCUGCAGCACCACCACCACCAUCAUCAUCAUCACCACCACAGGAAGUGUGUGGGAGGUGGUGCCCAGGAUAACGAGUCGGUGAGCAGCCUGGAGGCGCUGCGCAAGAUGAAGUUCCAGAAGAGCGGCUCGGUGGCCUCCUCCGAUGAUCCCGAUCUGCUCGAGGUCCUCAGCCAGUGUGGCAGUGGCGGCGAGGCGGCCAACGAAUCGCAGGACGACAUGCUGGACGAGGAGAAGGACAAGGCGGGCAAGUCGCAGGACUACGACGAAUGCCAGAAUGAGUUCGAGAUGUGGGACUGCGACUGCACUGAUGGCGAUGCGAGCAGUGCCAGCGGAGGAGGUGGGGUCACCGCCACUCCGGUGGUUCUGCGACGCAAGUACACGGCACCACCGCCGAUCCUCGUGCCUCGGACCCAGAGGAGCCACUCCCUCGACCACUACCAUUCACCGCAGCCACUUCUGCACCCGCGCAAAGUCCUGCCCAUCCAACAUCAUGCCAUCAAGCACAAGGAGCGGGGUCAACUGUCGCUGGUCCUGCGCCAGGAGCCCUUCCAGUCGCUCCUCAGUCCCUCGACCACCGCUGCCAAUCAGCUGCACCACUUCGUGGAGCUGCCGUCGCCCAGCAGCGCCUCGCUGCACAGCGGACUGGGUGACUCGGGUGGCAUCCAGGAGCUGUCCACCAAAUCCAACUCGGCGCCGAUGCUGCUCAAGGAGCGCGAGAUGAGCCGGCGAUUCGACAACUUCGAGGCUCAGCACUUGACGCUGCGCUAUUCUCGUUCGCAGAGUGAUCGCUAUUUAGCAGAAAUCGAAGCCGUGGAGGCAUGCAAAUGGCUGCGAGCUGCAGGUUUUCCGCAAUAUGCACAGAUGUACGAAGAUCAUCAGUUCCCGAUCGAUCUGAACAAUGUAGCCAAAGAUCACACCAAUCUCGAGAACGAUCAGCUGCAGUCCCUCUACCGCCGACUCUGCGUCCUCAAUCGUUGUGCCACCAUGCGGCUGGACCAGUCUCACAAGCCACAAACACCACAGCAAAAGGAGGAAUCGGAUGAUGAGAACUUCGCUCUGAGUGAGCACUGGACAUUCCAACCGCACAUUCGCCGCUGGUCGCGGAUCGGGGAGAUGGGCCUGGAGCUGCCGCCGCCGGGACUCCUGAGCCUGAACGUGGAGAAGACGGAGAGUUCGUCGAAGGAGUCGAGUCCGGAUCGCUUCGAGGAGGAUGGAGCCGGUAUAACGCUGGUGAUUCCCGGCUGCAGCAAGGCCAGUGGAGUGGCCCCCGAUGGCUCCUCCCUGGGCGAGGGCUCCGAUGGCGGACGGCUGAGGAGAAGUGGCAGCGAGCGGAUCAAGGAUCAGGCCAAGGCACUGCUGAGGAGGGUGGAGUCCAUCAAGUCGCGACGUCGCAAGCGACAGAAUCGCGAGAAUGUGGUGAUCAGUGGACCGACAGUGCUGGAUCUCUCGCAAUUCGGCCAGCGGAGCAGUUUGCGCAAACCCGAUGCCGUAUAUUCCACCCCGCCCUCACCCUCGGCCCUCAGCCCCAUGCACACAUUCCCCAAGGCGCCGUUCUUUGGCAACGACCUCAAGGUGCCCAGUCACAGCGACAACUUCCUGAGUCCCAAUCGCUCCAGCCCGAAGAGGACGCCCACCACGCCGCGCUCGAUGCGAACCAGCCCGCUGCACUUCUUCUCCAGCCCGAUGUCGCAGCUGAAGGAGGGCAAGUCCGAUGACUCCUCGUCCUACUACAGCGACAGCCAGGAAUCGUCGACGGGCGGCAAGUUGUCGCUAAGGAAACCCUCCAAGGCUCGCAGGUUCCUGCAGCGCACGGGAAAGGUCGAUGAUAUCGGUGCCCACUCGGAUUCCGAGUGCCAUCAGGGACGCAAGCUGCUGAUCAAGGACGCCAAUUCCAAUACCACAGAGGUGAAGGUCAAGAAACUCACCCGCGGCGGCUCCCUGAAUUUGGGCAAGGAUCCCAAGAAGCGCGACGGCUUCCGUUCGUCAUCUUUCCGUUCGCGCAGCACUUCGCGCAAGGAGCCGAAGAACGAGGAGGAUCAGGCUGGCGGAUCCACAAACGGCGGGUCCAAGCGACAGCCGGUGGUCCGCUGGCACAGCUUCCAGAUGGAGGAGCGCCCCAAUAUGAUAUUCCGCAAGUGCUUCUCCAAGAAAAUCGAGCCACUGCAGGAGGAUGCCGGUGGAAUGCCCUUCGCCGCCAUGUCGGCGGGUCAGCUGCAGAUAAUCCGAAAACUGGCCCUGGUCACUUUGACCGGCCACAUGGAGCGCUACUGCCCGUCGCAUCGGUCGGGCUGGAACUGGGAACUGCCCAAGUUCAUCAAGAAGAUCAAGAUGCCGGACUACAAGGACAAGAAGGUGUUCGGUGUGCCGCUCCUCAUGAUCCUCCAGCGCAGCGGUCAGACCCUGCCGAUGGCCGUGCGAGCUGCUCUGCGCUGGCUUCAGCUGAACGCCCUCGACCAGGUGGGAAUCUUCCGGAAGAGCGGAGGAAAGUCGCGGAUCAUGAAGCUGCGCGAACAAAUCGAAGUCACCGACACCACCGCCGAGUGCAUGGACGUCUUCGAUCUGCAACAGGCCUACGAUGUGGCCGACAUGCUGAAACAGUAUUUCCGCGAGCUGCCCGAAUCUCUGCUGACCACCAAGAUGUCCGAGACCUUUGUGGCAAUCUUUCAACAUCUCCCGGCUGAAGUGCGUCUGGAUGCUGUGCAGUGUGCUGUGCUCCUGCUGCCCGAUGAGAACCGCGAAAUCCUGCACGUGCUGCUCGAAUUCCUCACCAUUGUGGCGGCCAACUCGCAGCAGAACCAAAUGACCAGCAACAAUCUGGGCGUGUGCCUGGCCCAAUCCAUUUUCCACUCGUCCAUUUCGACCGGUUCCGCUUCCGUUUCCGCCUCGCCGCGUCGCAAGGGCAAGGGAUCCGGAAUGCCGGACAUGAAGGAGCUGGCGGAGGCGAAGGCCUCCCACGAGUGCCUCUCCUUCAUGAUUGAGCACUACAAGCAGAUCUACACGGCCGCCAAGGAGAAGCUGAGCAAGUGCAACUUUAGCUACAUGGAGGAGUCGAAGCCCCUGCCUCUGGAGGCUCUGGGCGAGGGAAUGCAGUUCCACAACUGGCGGGGAUAUCUAUAUGAGUGCACCAGUGCCACCAUUAAGGAGGGUCGUGAAAAAACCCGCGGCUGGUUUAGCAUUAACUCGCUGAAUGACAGCAAUGUGGACAUUGCCUACAAGAAGGUGGGCGAUGGCCAUCCGUUGAGACUUUGGCGCUGCACCACGGAGAUCGAAGGACCACCACGGGAGGUCCUUGAGUUCGUGAUCAAGCAGCGAGCCUCGUGGGACACGAAUUUGCUGCAAUGUCAGACGGUCAAGAAACUGGACGAUCGCACGGAGAUCUACCAGUAUGCUUUGGACGGCCAGCUGACCACGGACUUUUGUGUACUGCGUUCCUGGCAAACCGAUUUGCCGCGCGGUGCCUGCGUUAUAGUGGAGACCUCGAUCGAUCAUGCCAAGGCCAAGCCUCUUUUCGGGGCGGUGAGGGGCGUGGUUCUCGCCUCACGAUAUCUCAUCGAGCCCUGUGGCAGCGGAAGGUCAAGGGUUAUGCAUCUGGCCAGGGUGGAUGUAAAGGGCAAGACACCGGAGUGGUACAAUAAAAACUACGGACACAUAUGCUCGCAUUACCUGUCGCGCAUUCGAUUGGCCUUCAAACACGUGGCCGAUGGACCCGAAAGCAAGGUCUAAAUAAUUACCAUAUAAACAAAAGGAGGAUCAAAGCAUCCGUUCGAUGGAUGUUCGCUGUAUUCGUUGUCUGUCGCAAAACUGACGCAUUUAUACGUAAAUAUAUGAUAGCCGGAGGAUGAAGAUAGCCCCCACUUCGAACAACCCAACGAUUACGCAAGAAAAUCCAAUUAAACCCACGGACCACAAACAUGAGCUUCAGUUUCAUCCUGCGCAAAGCGAUGGAGCGAGAACAGAGAGAAUAUAUUCUUGUAAAUACACUUUGUAGGUUUCUUAAUUUAGUUUUCGACAUAGACUUAACUAUUUAGUUUACUGUAUUAUAUUUAUACGUGGUCCUAACUUAUACGCAUACGUUUACCGUACGACAAUAGCAAUCUAACAUCCAAAAUACUCAACACACGUAAAUAUCACAAAGUAUAUCUUUAACGAUUUCUCUUGCUAAAGUUUACGUCUACGUUUACGGCACUCCAAAUCUUUAAUGUUAAUUAGUUUGUAGUCUUGGCAAUAUGUUAAAACCUAUGUUCGGGAAAACAGAAAACAGCAAAAGCAACCUUAAAAUGUGUAAAGCAAAUUCAACUAGUCAAAUUUAAUACAUUUAAGUUAAAGUACUAACCCCAAAUACACUCAUUGAUUUGGCUUCAGAUAUUGAUUGAUUGAUUGAUCGACACCGCAUUACCUGAUUAUGUGUCUGUUGAUUUUAUAGAAAGUAUGAUUGUAUCCAUUGUGCGGUGUAAAAUCGGAAUUAUUAUCACUACGAUUAGUUUAUGGAUGUGCCCUAAGAUCCCCGAUCAAUAUAUAUAUAUAUACAAUACUAUAUACUAUAGUUUUAUAUGUGUCUAUAAAUACGCUACCACAUAAAUCUAUAAUCGAGUGUACGAAAGGAGCAGUAACUCAAAUAUUCGAUGCAUAAAGCAAAUCGCAAUAAAAGUGCAUAUUAUGGAAAUGCGAAAAAUAUAAACCAAA